GCAGGUAUCUAGAAAAAAAGUCGAAGUGAGCGUUCUUACUCUGACUGUCACCGAAGCAGCUGAGGAAAUAUGUCUCCGUUUUCAAAGUCGCUGAGGUUGUCUCAGCGUGUAGCUGCAGCAUGUCUAAGACAACAUUCCUCUCUUACAAGUAUGUUAAAUCUGAGAUGUAUUUUCUGAUAUCAGAGAGCUAAUUUGACUCAAAAUGUUUUAUCGGUGCUAUGACAGCAAGUAGCACAUGGUAAUGCUACUGCUAUGAAGUAGCUAGCUCCACUGGGUAACCUCUAUGUUUGUCAUAAACUCAUUUAAUAGAUAACUUUGUGUGUAAUUUCCCCCAAGAGAAUGGGGAGAUUAAAUGAAGUAAAAUAGAUAAUUUUACGAGCGUUUUAAGAUUUAAGAAAAUCUAAUUUUCACUCAGAAGCUUUAAGUGUUGCCUUUUCCUAGUUUUAUCUGUGUGAGCUCUCUGCUACUUAUGUUCAUUCACUGACUCUUUUAAUCCCAUCUGUCUGUGUUUCUAGCUGAACUGAUUGAAAACAUGGAUAAGAAAGCCACCUGGGACCGCUUCUACACUGAAAGCAACAGCAAGACCACAACCUUCAAAAACUUUGAGUGGUUCUUUGGGUUUGAUGCUGUUAAAGACUUCAUUAUGCCCCUUUUGAAGACUAAGAUGAACCCAGAUGCUCUGUGUCAAAUCUUGGAUAUGGGCUGUGGCACCUCUGCUCUCGGGCCCAGUAUUUACAGACACUCUCCUGUACCUGUGCGGGUCACCUGUGCCGAUAUUUCUCCAAUAGCUGUGCGACUGAUGCAGGAACACAUCCAGUCCAAAGCUAUCCAACCUGAAAACCUGUCAUCUCAGCUUGAGUUUGUGGAGCUGGACUGCACACAGCUUCACAGACACUUUGGUUCCAGCAGUGUGGAUCUUAUCAUUGACAAGGGCACCACAGAUGCCCUGUUGAGAUCCAAAGAAGGGAAGGGGAAGGCCGGUGUGGUUCUGAGGCAGUGCCUGAAGGUGCUGCAGGGUUCAGGAUCUCUGCUCCAGUUUUCUGAUGAGGACCCUGAUGCCAGGCUUCUGUGGCUGGAGACUGAGGCUCAGGAGCAGGGGGUGAAGUCAGCAGAUGUUGGGGUGCAGGAGGUUGGGGAGCUCAGGGGUGUUUGCUACUACUGCUACCAGGUGACUCCUCGUCUGAAAGCAUUGCAAUAACUUUUUGUCUUCGGGCUGCAGCUGAGGAAUAAAUUAUUGAGUUAAAAAACUGAUCAGUGUUUUUUUAAUCCGUUCUGUUAUACUGAGUAGUCAUUAUAUUUCCAUCUACCCAGAAUAAGACUAUGUGCUUACCUGUGCUGUUACAGAGUAUCUCAGGUUAACACAUAAAAAUAGUUCUCUUUGUAUCAGGGGGGUGUCACCUAAACCAUUAACCAUAAAUGGAUUUCAAGAGCUGGGGGUAUGAAGCUUCAGGUUACCAUCAUGUUUCAAUACUUGUCUUCUACUGCCAUCUAGUGGUCUUUAGGUCCUUCAACCCUGUAAAAACCAAAUAUAGAAAAACGAAAAAAAAAAAAAAAAAUUCAACCAUUCAGAUGUUGUAGGAGGCCUUUGGGGGUAAAAAUGGGGUGUGUUGAAUGUUAUGUUUUAGUAAGUUUUUACAGAAAUGUUGUAAUAUUGCAACGUUGGUCUUAAUGGGGAGCAGAAUCUCCUGUAUUUCCACUCAUUGUCUGAACAGCAAUACAGAACUAAGGAUUCAUUUGCAGUAUAUAACAUGAAUUAUAAUCUCAGUCAUGUUGUUAUAAAGAGUUAUUUAUUCCAAUAAGAACUUUCAUAUUAAUUUCCAAUAUUUACAUUAUAAGAAGUUCUUGUCCCCUGAAAAACAGGCAGCUAUCCAACCCAGUCUCACAGCAUCACACUUGCUAUGGGUAUUAGCCUUUAUUGCAAUGUCUGCAGUGUCCUUUCUUUGUCUUCAGUAGAAAAUGACGAGUGAAGUCUGUGUGCACAUCCACAUUUAUUUGCAGUGAUAGUCCUUGAAGUAGUUCUUGGCAUCAUUAUCUGAUUCUUCGUCACUUGCAUCAGUGUUGUCGAAAUCCAUGUCCACAUCACUUUCUCUGUUUUGGACUAUGGCAAUAACAUCCUGCACACUGUACCAAGGAUCUCUCCUUGCUGGUGGAGUUCUGAAAUGGAAAAAAUAAAAUAAAUGUAUAUACAAACUAGAAAAGCACUCGGAGAGCGCAGACCUCCGCCAAGCAGCUCAUUGUGAUUCACACCAAAACUUUUAUUGUUACGUGUCUUUUAUUAACUUUUAUUUCUGUUUAAACUGGUAUGUUCACUGUUCAUAAUUUUCCUAAAACAACAAAGCUCAUAUUAGAUUCAUAAAUGCAUGAUUUAUUAUGCAAUAUCUGUAAUCGUUCACUUCCUUGUAUCUUCAUUUGUUAUCUUUCAGCAUUGAAAAUUCCAACGACACCCUUGUUUUUGUGUGUUCUGGAUCACAGUAUCCGGAAUUUUGUUUGGAUCAGGAUCAACCUUUGACACCUCAUAAAACUCAUUGAGAUCCUUUUGUGUAACUUUUUACUAAAGACUCUGGUCAUUUUUAUAGAGUUAAACGCAAAAAUUCCAAAAUUUGCCCUAUCUCACAAUGAUAAAGAAUCCUUCAAAAAAUUCCUGGAUCCAGAAGGCGAUCCGGAUCACCACCAAAAUGUAAUGGGAUCCUCUUGGGGCUGAGAAGCACCGCUGGUGAAAAUUUCAGGUCAAUCCGUCUGUAACUUUCUCUGCUAACAGACAAAUAAAUUAAAGUAAAUUAAAAUGUUUAGAUACAGCAAUAUAUCUUAAUACAAUAAAAUAUGUAAUCCAAUAUAAGGCUAAGGUUAGAAUGUGUAAAUAAUGUGUAGUUUAAAGUUAUAUUGUGAAAAUAUAACUUUAAACUACAAAGUUCCUCUCAAGACAUUCCUCUCAAAAACAGGGCUGUUUUGGCUACCACUUUGACCCAACGUUUUAAUAUUGCAACAAUUAUAAAACAAGCUCUAAAUGAAAUGUAGGGCAUAUUUUCCACAAUAACUACAUAUGUUCAUGUUCUAGACAUUGUAAAAAAACACAAAUAUUCAAAGCAUUUUACUGACUUGAAUCAGGUGAAUCCAGUCCAGUGAAUCGAAGGGAUGUUGCUCGAUCAAAAAAAUGGAGGUUGUGUGACUUCUUCACCUGAGAGCGUGCCUUAUAUAAAAAUGUUAGAUCAAAUGGCAUUGUGAGAUCAAACAAUAUGACCCAGUGAUUAUGUUAAUGUGGUUUAACUAAAAAAAUAAAAAUAAAAAAGUUUUUUUGGGGAUAACCAAAUUUGUUGUAAUUCUGCAACACUGGGUCUUACAGGGUUAACUCGGUUUGGCACAAAGAGGUCAGUCACAGACUUAUAUAAGCAUACUUUGCGUCUUGUUUCUGUGUUGCUAUAUCAAGUAUUUCUUGUUAUAAAGCCAGUGUUAUGUGUCGCCACCUUGCAUUGUGCUAAAUGCUAAACCAGCUCCCCUUAAAAAGAUUCUGUGUAAUACUAAAAAAACUCUGUGAGUACAGUUUACCACUGCUUCCACAAUGAAGGUUACUAUGCUACACCAAAGAAACCUUGGUGACUGGGGUUUAGCACUUUUAAGAUGGAGUGAACAUGGACAAUAUUCUGACCACUAACUGCACAGUUAUACAUUCAAUUUGCCAAUUUCUGUCCUCAAAUGAAUUAUUUGUGCAUACGUCAAAAUAAACCACCUCCUUUAAAGAAAAAGAAAGCGAGACAGAGAAAGGAGCUUACACUUUUUGCUAGGGUCAGAGCAGCAGAGCAACUGUCGACCUCCUGUUGUUAAUCCAGCCAGCGUCUUUGGACAUCUUUAACUUCUAAGUUUUCUUCAUCUUGUCAUAAAACACUGUCAUUUUAUCUUUAAUCUAAGCUACCUGUAUUUACUUGAAACCAGUGGCCUUGUCCAUCUAUUGAGUGCCAUCUCUUUGCUUUUCUGGCUCUCUAUCAACAGGGAAUUGACUUCAUUUUAUAAAUAAUAAAGAAAAAUGUUAAAAUUUGUGUUCUGUUUACUGUAUGGGUUUCUAAAACUAAAGUUUUCAGGAGGUAUUGCCUUUAAAAAAUGAGGGUAGAGGAGCAGUUUUUUAUUGAUUUAUUAUAUUUUCACAUCAUUUUGAGAGAUUUCUGAUCAACAUGACACCACUGCUUUUAACAUAGCAAAGUUCCUCUGCAAGUUCCUCUGCUGGCACACAUUAUCAACAGUGUCAUGUCUUCACUGUAACAAAAUUGCUUCUUCAUAAGUGAAAGCAGGAAAAUUAAAUUCAAUUAUCCCUGAAAGACAGAACAUUCAAUAGUAGCAUGUAUUGUAAACAAUAUGUAUUAGUGUUGGAAAGUGCAAUUUUAAGGUGCAUGUAACCACUGACUUCAUUUGCACCAGCAAGAAUGUACUUCUCACAGUCAAAAGUUAUCACAGAAAAAAUGCAAAGACUACCCCACCCCUGACAAAUACAUGAAUUUGAUGCACAGCUUGGUUGCCUCUAUGCAGAUGACUGCCUUCUUUAAUUUGAAAAAUAAAAAGAGUAAUGGGCUACUAAAAGAAGAAGUGCAGUGUGUCAUAUUUUGUAGCCGUAAUCACAGUGAACAAUAUUUCUGCUUCAUAAACAUGCUGUAGAAGCUCACAGGCUCUUCUUCAUCCUCUUUCUCCAGAGGGACACCCUUACAGAAAGGUGGAGGGAUGAACUGCGCAGGGUCUGCGAGUCCGAUUACAUUAUUGUAGAAGCUAAAAAAAGAAAAAGGAAAGAAGAUCAAUAAAAAGAUUUUUUUAAAGAUGUCAAAUAAAUGUCAGUAAAUGUGUUUAUUUCUUAUUUAAUGUGAGCAAUAUUGUUCUUCUUCAUCAGACAAUUGAGGAACUCCAGUUUUCUGCACUUCCACAGUGGCUUUAUUCUCAAUAUCAGGUUGCCGCCUCUAAAAGAACUAAAAGUUGAAACUUCCUGUUUUGUGGCUUGUCAUGCGCUCUCACUAACCUGGUCAAAAUCCAUCCAGUUUUGUCUGUACGAAACAGAGAGCUGACUGGCACACAUCCAAACUCGGUCACAGUGUUCAUGUACUUUGCUUUAAAAACAAAAAGUGGAUCACAAGUUAGCUGAAGCGACGCAACCAGACCAACAGGUUUGAAGACAAAACAAAGGCAGUGAUCAGAUGGAGAAAUCUCAGAAAGUCAUGUGCUUCAGGACACCACAUGACUUUACAUGUUGUCCUACUGUGGCAUUACCUUGUCCCCUCUUUAGCUGCAUCUCCCCUGUCCAUGUGUUGACCAGGACUCCUUGUCCCCAACCUGAGGAGCUGCCCAACACCACCUCUCCCAGCAGAGUAGCAUCCUCUGGUAUCUCCAGCGGAUGGAAGUCCAUAGUCAGUUGCUUCUUGCAGCAGGUUUGGUUCCUGGUGUUGAUUUUAUACAUAACACCCUAGAGAGGAGAGAAGUGCAUUAAUUAGAAAACAUGUCAUUGUCUUAUGUGGAUUCGCCUACUUCAUGCGUGGUCAUUACCUGUUUGUAGAGCAGAAGCACAUCCAGGUGGAAGGUCUUAUUGUCAUAGGUUCCAAACUGACUGAGGCGAAUACGCUUACCCAGUGCAUCAUAGCUGUACUUGGCAUACGCCUGCAGCUUCUCACUUUGGGUGGACUUGAAAAAUAACAAAAUUGUAUUGAAAGUUUUCCUUUCAAACUUGGCAAAACUUUAAAACAGCAUUCAGAGGAAUGCUGAAGUUUUCACUCGUAAGAAAAGAAAUAAAAUCUUACCACAGACAGUCCCCCGGUCAGUAGAGGUGGAGAUGCUGGCAAAAUAUACAAGAAUGAUUUACAGCAAACUGAGCAAACACCAUGUGCAUUACAGCAGUGUUAGGCUCACUACAACAUAUUAAUACAUAAAUGCUCCAGAGAAAACAACCCGCGAGACCAUUGGCAGUGAAUCACAGAGGAAUAAAUCAGAAUAAAUCAGAAUUGCCUUAUUUGUACUCACUGCAUGGUUUUGGUCUUUGAGCCAGGCAGGCGGCAGACAGGCACACCAACAGGACGAAAGUUCUCAUUCUGGCUGAUGGUGGUUAUGACACUCUUGCCUGCUCAGAGACAAAGAAAAAUGCUGUUGCUCAGGAGAGUUCACUUCUUUAUGAACAAGCUGGGGAGCCUCCCAGGUAGUUUCCAGUGCCAGGUUUUCUUAAAGUCCCUUGACGCUAAAAAAAACACUGAGAAAAAAAAAAGGAACACCGUCAAACUAUGCUCUCCUCUGUCUUCUGUAUUAUGGCAUCACCUGAUUUUCUGGGUUUGGCCUGAUCAUCUGCUCUUUACAGGUCCAUACCAUUUUUUUUUUAGAUAUUUCAGCUGAAUAUUUGAAUGGCUUUAAGUAUCUAAUUGACUAAUAAUCAAAACCAUGGAUACCAGAACAGCCCCUUCAAAGUAAGAUCAAAACUUUCAGGGCUCCAUGGCUGUGUAUUUAGACUGGAUGAAACAGAUGUAGUCUCAGUGGGAUUGACCACUGUUUUUUUUCAAUUAAUCGAUACAGAAAUGUACUGGACAUAUGUACUUAAGCUAACUUUUGGUGCACCUAGCUACCUACCCAUCUUCACAGUCACUGAAUUAUUAAAAACUUAUCUCAGUGGUGUGAGUGUCUAUUCAGUCCAAAUUGUUUUUGAACCUGCCAGUAAAUAUGUUUAUCCUGUAAAUACAGGCUUUUCUACUUCUGAGUAUGAGGGACACCUUAAGAAUAAAAAAAAAAAAAAAGACUUCGAGAUCAAAGUCGUUAAGUUAUGAGAAUAAUGUCAUUACUAACAAGAGUAAAGUCGUAAUAAAAUCAGUGUGAUACUUAUGAUAAUGUGGUGCUCAUGUGCCAAAAGAUUUAGUAUUUCCUUGUUUUUAGAAACCCGUAUUGAAGGACAUUUUCACUAAAUGCUCCAUGGCUCUCAUUCAACAACUGUCACCUUAACAACACGUAAGAAUAUAAAGACUUGUUAUUGUUGCUUAGACUUUGCUUUCUUUGAAGUAACCUCCUCUGGCUUUAAUCAAUCAAUCAACUCAAUCAAAUUUUACUUAUAUAGCACCAAUUCACAACAGUCGUCAUCCCAAGACACUUUUCAAAGAACAAGAGCAGGUCUAGACCACGCUCAUUGUUUGAUGAUCAAGAACCAACCUAAGAUGGGUUUUGGCUCAUCUCAUCCAACAUGAGUAGCAGUGGCAAGAAAAAACUUCCUUUUAACAGGCAGAAACCUUGAGUCGGACCUGACUCAUGCCAGACAGCCACCAUGCCACUGCUGGGCUGGGGAGGAAUGUAGAGAGAUAGGGGAAGAGAGGACGAGAGAGGGGGGAGGGGGCAAGAUAAGGGGAAGGAGAGAGAGAAUGAGUAAGGAGAAGGAGGGGGAGGGAGAGAGAGUAGAGAACGAGGGUGAGAGAGAGACAGGGGACAGCAGCAACAACAGCUCAUGUAAGGGUAAAACAAAAUGAAUUAAGUUUACUGGGUUAGGAUAUAAGUAAUUAUGGACUAUGUUAAAUUAAUUUAAUGUGAUUACAGUCAGCAGGCCUAAUAGUAGUCAACUCUAGUUUUAUGUUAUUAAUGUCAGUGAGGCUGAUGUUCAUGUCUGCAGUAACAGUCCAGAGGAACCCAAGAGAAGAAGGAUCUCAGGGCCUGAGGCAGACAAUCAUAGAUUAUGUGGCUGGAGUCAGGUAGGUCUGCAGCAGCCAUCAGUCCAGAGCAACCUAGGAGACUGGGGCUCAGAGACAUACAGAGAGAUCUGGUUAGCAAGUUGAUGGGAGAAAAUGACUUCAAUGUACAGGAUAAUGAAGUGACGAAUUAUGGACUAUGUUAAAUUUAUUUAGGGUGAUUAAAGUUAAAACUCAAUGGUAGUUUACUCUAAUUUUAUUUUUUAGAUGUCAGUUAGGCUGACGUACGUGUCUGCAGCAACGGUCCUGAGGAGCCUAAGAGAUGGAGGAGCUCAGGGUCUGAGUUGGACAAUCAAGGACGAUGCAGCUGGGGUCAGGCAGUUCCGCAGCAGACCGUCUGCAGCAUUAGUCCAGUGUAAGCUAAGAGACUCAGAGACACUAAGAGAGAGAGAAAUCUGGUUAGUGACUUAUAUGGGACAUAAAGGUCUAAAGGAGAGAUAGAGACAGACUCUAGCUCAGUGUGCCAGAUAUCUCCGGCAGUCUAAACCUAUAGCAGCAUAACUAAGAGCUGGUUCAAAUCAGCCCCAACUGUAAGCUUUAUCAAAGAGGAAUGUUUUAAGUCUACUCUUGAAAGUUGAGAGGGUGUCUGACCCCGAACCGCGAGCAGUAAAUGAUUCCAGAGGAGAGGUGCCUGGUAGCUAAAAGCUCUUCCUCCAAUACUGCUUUUAGAGACAUUUGAUACAACGAGCAGACCUGCAGACUGUGAGCGUAAUGGUCUAGACGGAAAGUAAGGUAUAACAAGCUCGUUGAGAUAUGAUGGAGCCUGGCCGUUAAGCGCUUUAUAUGUCAAAAGGAGGAUUUUAAACUCAAUUCUAGAUUUAAUAGGGAGCCAAUGAAGAGAGGCUAAGACAGGAGUGAUGUGCUCCCUUCUUCUGGUUCUAGUCAAUACCCGAGCUGCUGCAUUUCGGACCAGCUGAAGACUUACUUAAAGACUUACUGGAGCAGCCUGAUAAGAGAGAAUUACAGUAAUCCAGCCUAGAGGUAACAAAGGCAUGGACUAGUUUUUCUGCAUCCCUCUGAGACAGGAUGGGUCUAAUUUUUUGAGAUAUUGCGCAGGUGGAAAAAAGCUAUCUGCGGCUCUGCUCUCUGAUCUCUGCUCUGAAUUGUCAGUGGUUCGGACUAAUAAAAUCGGCCAGAUAUCUGGAUAAACGGGCCGCUCCAUCUUGAGUGGGAUGAAUGCCGUCCCGAAUAAUCAGACCAGGUUUGCCCCAAAACGACUUUCAAUUAUCAAUGAAGCCCACGCCAUUUUGCUUACACCACCUCAACAGCCAGCGGUUAAAUGAUGAGAUACGGCUACACAUCUCAUCAGCUGUCUGAUCGGGCAGGGGACCAGAGAAAACUACAGAGUUCCAGGGAUUGCAUUCCAAGCUUUCUCAAGUUCAUUAAAAAGAGACUGCUGAUUCGUGGGACGCGUUUUUCUGACCGAUUGAUCCAAUUCAUCCUGCACAAGCUCAAUUGAGAAAGGUCUGGAGACUGAGGGGGCCAAACCAUCUUUUGAAGACAGGUAACCCUGACAGAGCUUGGCAGAGUGCUUAGAGUCAUUGUCUUGCUGCAAAACAAACUUAUGAGCCACAAGUCUGAGUCAAGAUGGAACAGCAUGGUGCUGGAGGGUGGAGUGGUACUGCUCCUUCUUCAUAAUACCCUUUACUUCAAACAAAUCUCCUACUCCAUCACCUGCAAAACAUCCCCAUACCAUGGAACUGCAACCUCCAUGCUGAAUUGUGGGUGUAACACAUGGUGCUUUCAGACGUUCACCAGUUUGUCUGCGGACAUAGACUCUGCGUUUUGAACCAAACAAACUUGUUUCUAGUCAUCAUAAGUCCAAUUUUUGUGAGCUUUUGCCCUCUCAUAUCUCUUUUUCUUGUUCUGUGGACGAAGUAGUGGUUUUUUGCAGAUACACAACCCUUCAGACCAGCCUUUCUCAAACGUCAUUUCACGGUUGUCAGAGAUAUGGGCUUCGACCUUGUCAUGUUGAUUUCCUCCCUUAUUUUAUGGUGCUGUCUUUCGCCGAUCUCUCUUACUGGUGACAAUGCUAUGUUUAUCCUCUGCUUUUGUAGUAACUCUCUUUCUUCCAGGUCUUUUUCUAUCAUCAUAACUUCCAGGUUCCUCUAGUCUCUUCAGAGUGUAGUGGACUCCUGUGUUAAACACCUUUAGGCGUUUUGCAAUUUCUCUUUCUGUGUAUCCUUCUUUCCUCAAUGUACAAAUCUGUACUUUUGUUUCUUUACUCAGUUGCUUCUUUUUAGCCGUUUUUGCGGUAGUUUGAACACAGUUGAGAUUUAUUAGGAUUUUUGUAUGCAGACUCUCAAAAGCCAAAAAGUUGAAGUGAAUAAUCCAACUGUGAUUUGUUUUUUGCUUUUGCACUGAAGUUGUGACUCUUGCAAAUGUUUUCAACCCUAAAACUAAGCCCUUAUUAUCUUUUGCUGACAUAUAUUUAGCAAUGGUCUGUUAACAUCAAUGUAUAUCUAGAGGUAAAUGGAGUAAAAUGGUGCAUUUCCAUGAAAGCAACAUCUGAUCAUGGAGUAAAUACAUCCCAAAAUACAUAAAACUCAUGCUGGAUUUAAAAAAAAGCAAUGUGAACAAAAACUUGAAGUUACUCCCGACUGUUCGGCCUGUAAUGUCUUUGCUUCCAAACACACACACACACACAUAUAUAUACACAUAUAUAUAUAUAUAUAUAUAUAUAUAUGUGUGUGUGUGUGUGUGUGUGUGUGUGUGUGUGUGUGUGUGUGUGUGUGUGUGUGUGUGUGUGUGUGUGUAUACAAAAUAUAUCAACUUAGCAUAUUCUGUUUACCCGGUUCACUGGUGAUCUACCGAUAACAAGAAAAACAGACAUGAUGCUCUUAACACUCAGCUGGUGAGUUGCCACUGUCAAAUUUAUUUCACAGGAAAACACAGUUUAGGAAAACACUCCUAAUAGCAGAUUUUAGGGUAAGCAGUUUCCAUAAAUAAGUGGAAAAAAUUAAAACUAUCAUUCUUUAGUUUAAGGUAAUCAUACUGUAGAAUCUCAUACUCCCUGGCCCCAUGCCCAGAAGUAAUACGGUAAAAUUACAUGACAAAGCUUUGAAUUAGUAGCUCAGUUUGAUUGGUUAGAGAUCUCUCAGUCAGUUUGACACUUUUGUUUAAGGAGGCUUUCACAUCAUCUGCUGGAACAAGUCAAGGAAGUCGACUGGCUUCUGGGCGCUGAAUCCUACUUUGGCUGGGUCUAGGCAGAAAGGUGGAGGGAUAAGUUGAUCAGGGUCUGGGAGCCCCUUGACAUUGUCGAUGUACCUAGAGGACGGAAUAACAAACAGAUUUUUGUGAAUUAGCAUUUUUUUCUUUCUAUCUGUAGUUUUAGUAAAUACCUGGUCCUGUCAUUUAAUGAAUCAGAGCAAAUAGAUCUCAGGACAGGUUAUGCUAUCAGGCGAACCCUAACCACCUCUACCUGCCUUCCAGGAUAGCAACUGAAUGAUAUAUCAAAGGUAAAAAAAUAAAAAUAAAAAAAUAAAAAAAGUAUUGAAGUGCUAUAAUCCGUGAUGGUUAUUCAGUGGUGUUGAUAGCUUUUGGAUGUUCUGACCUCCAGGGACAAACACCACAGACAAUGAUUUAAGUGGGUCCUAAGAACACUUAAAGGGUCCAUAAUAAGAUUUGUUUCCUGAAUGAUUGUGUUGGAGUGGUCAACUGAGAAACACCUGGUUCCCUGGGCGACAUCACAGAGGGCAUCUCCACUUCUUUUAUGCAGCCUAUGGACCUGUCACUGUGACAAUCUGUCACUGUUGCCUAAUAUUUUCAUUUACACUGUGUUGUUAUUAAACUGUAAGUGUGAACUUACUGUAGUAUCAUCCAUCCAUACUUCCUGGUGUGGUACAUAGAGUUGACAGGAACACAUCCAAAUUGAGUCACUGUGCUUAUGUACAGUCCUGCAGGGUCACAGAUAAAACAAAAUGAUCCAUCAUAGAAGAAUUAACAUCUGAGGCGGUUUGUACCAUUACACAAUCUCUUACCUUCUUGGUUAGGCAGAUUUCCGGACCAGGUGUUGACGAGGACUCCUUCUCUGGGUUCUGAUGAGCUACCUAUGAAAGACUGAGCCAGCAGAUAUGCAUCUCCUGGGAUGACUAUGGGCUGGUAGUCCCCGUACAGAGGAUAGCCAGUGCAGGUUUGGUUAUCAUUGUCGACCACAUAGGCCACAUGCUGAUGGAUUGAAGUUGAGAAGUUAGGACAACUCUUAUUUACUUCAAAAGUAACUCACUUUAUGUUUAAAGCUCACUUCUAAAAUGUUGCGCCGAGGUUACGGUCAAAAAUAAUACCAGUUUACUUUCAUCUUUUUACAGCUAAUCUGUGUGUAGAGCCUUCAAAGUUUUAAUACCCACCCUAAAUCAUUAACAUUUCCUAAACUACAAUUCAUGCAAUAUCAGCCAUAAUCACAGUUUGUUCUUAUUGUAUCAUUACAAAAACUUCAAAGGGAUAUUAUGGCAUAAGGAAGAAAAUUUAUGAUGAUUACUUCAUGGAAAUACAAUCAGACUGAGACACUAAGUCUGAAGAACUACCGUGACUGAAGUGCACAUACAAGAUACACAAUAACUCUGACUGCAUUUCCAUGAAGUAAUAAUCAUAAAUGUUCUUCCUUGAGCUCCGAUGCACUCGGUGAUCGACUCAUCAACGCUUCUCCACAAACAAUAGGCUGCUGGAGGAGAGUGGAUGAGUUGUAUUUAGUGUCUUUGCUGAAGAAAUCAGGCAAAGUUAAAAACAUGUUUGAUGGCUAGUACUAUGGCUGGGACCCUAUAUGUAUUGUUGAUGAAGCUGUUCUGAGCAUUAUUUGUGGCUAUAGAGUGGCUUUUUGGUUGAGGUUUGCACAUGGAGAUGUAGACCGCUGUGUAUUGCUAUCAUGCAGUCUUUGUUGAAGUUGGUGAAAUAGAAACAAGCAGUAGGCAACAUUCAUCUCUCAAGGGGGGGUCCUAACUCAGUGUGUUUGGCCAUGACUUAAAUUUACGUUGGAAUAUCCCUUUAAGCAAGUGUUUUUUUUUUGUCCAAUUCCUGAAACUGGUCCAGUAUUGAGGGAGAGUGGAGCAGCCACAAAAUGAGCCAGAAUGUAGUUUGACCGGGAAACUGCAGGUCAUCACACUGCGUCAACUACAAAUGCUUUUAUUUUAAUCAUUAAAAGGCUCAGAUUGUGGACAUGUCCUCUGACGUGGUCACACAGCGUUGUGUGUCCAUAGUAUCAAUGCCAAUGAGGUUAGGUAUCAACAAGUCCCACUCAUCACAACACAGACAGUCUUCCUCUGUGGGUAUCCCUCAAUACAGGACCAGUUUCAGAAAUUGAUCCCCACAUCAGUCAAGCACACACAAACACAUAUGAAACACAAAAAUUAUAGUUGUAUUAAAAGACCCACUCUGAUAAAAAUCAUGUUUUCUUGUUGUCUACAGUACAUGUUCAUAUGGCAUUUUUCUGUUACUACUGGACAUAACACGAGAAAAGUAAGAGUGAAAUUGCAUAUCUGAGUAUUUCUGCAUUCAAAUUGCUGUCAACCUCUGACAGACCCAAACGACAGGCUGCUUCCACAGAGUUAGAUUUCCUACAUAGCAAAUCAAAGCUCCGCCACCAGAGCCCCGCUACGCAGGCCACAUUUGGAAAAGUACAGAGGAUGAUCGCGGAACAAGCAUGCGCGUCAGUGGAUUGCAAUGUGCGCAAGAAAGCUAAUUACGAUAUAAGCUUUCAUCAUAACCCCAAAGACAUUAGUUUCCGAGAGCUGAAUAGCUCGUAUAUUACCUGCUACUUCUCCGACACUGGAAACGUUAAGCUGUAAGCUAAUGUGAAGAGGAGUGUGCAGAGCAGUUCUGUCUUUGCCCAAGACUCAGAGGCAAAUUGCCAAUAAGCUAAUGAAAAUGACACAGGUAACGUGAUUUUGGCUAAAAAACGUCCAAAUCACAACUUAAAGACCACUAAGAACACUCUAAGUAGUUAAAAAAAACAAAAAAAAAACAAGCGGAGUGGGACUUAAAGUCAUUAUACAACAAAAAUAAAGUCUGUUUUUAAAGGGAGAUACAUUAAGAAGUUAAUUUUGAAUAACAUUGCAACCUUUUAAAAUAAUUUAAUUACUUUAAUACCCAGAAUUUUUCACUCUUUUACUCUUAUGAAAUAAGGAUAUAUGUUUGUGUCAUUUUUGUUACCUCUUUGUAGAGCAGAAAAAUGUCGUAGUUGAAGGUCUCGUUGUCUGCGACGCCAGCCUGGGUAAACCUCUGCCAUUGUCUGUAUGCAUCGUACAUGUAAUUGGACUUAAGCCCCAACUUCUCAUCCUGUGUAAACUGGUGAGAGAAGAGCAGAGGGAUUUUAAGUGUCCCUUUUUCACACUUUUUAAUUCUCAUUUUGCUCUGAUAUUCUUUUUUUGUGCUCAGAAUCCACAUUUUAAAACACACUCACCAAGAUCAUUGACCCGGCCAGCAGAGGAGGACUCUCUGGGAUUUUGGAAUAAGAUGGGCCACAUUAAAACACAGCAUUCAACAUGGAAUACAAAAUUCACUCAAAGUAAAAGCAAAGUGAGAGCUUCUAAGAUCCUACAGUUACGUUGGUCCUGAAAACAAAGUCACUGUACUUACUGCACGGAUGAGGCAUCUGAGCCAGGCAGGCACCCAGUAAGAACACGAAUGCUACAACCACUUUCAUAUUUGCUGUUCUAUGGCAGGAACACACACUCUGCUGCUGUGGAGUGGAAUCACUUUUAUACAGAUCCUAUCACUGUGGGAGUGAGUCCUGCCCCCCUAAAUUUAUCAAGUGUCACAAGGUCAGUUCCUUGUCAUCAAGCCAAGAUAAAGGUUUGUUACAGCCAGUUACACCACACUCCCCAAUGAUGCACCAUCCUAAGAAUGUUUUUUGUGGUCAUGAAAGUUGGAGGCAGAUAAACCUAUUUCCAGUAGGGACUAUGCUGUCAUAUGGUCUGCAGGUGUGUCAUUAGAGCACCUGAUAAACCCCUACAAACCUCAAAAAGGUAGCAGGUAAACUGAACUGAUCUUGAAGGGAUAUUAAAAUUUAAAUUAAGUUAGGGUCAAAAAACUGUAACACUGAGUUAGACACCCCCUGGAGAAACGAAUAUUGCCGACUGCUUGCUUCUCUAAUUAUACCAACAUUAGUAACAACCACACAAUAGCAAUACACAUUAAUUCCGUGCAGCGCAGCACGAGCAACAGCAAAGGUUGUAUGUGGCUACAAAAUAAAAUAUCUGGUUGAUUUUUCAAGAUAAAAUUAAGUCAAUACGUUGAGCUGUUCUUCAUGUGAUAAUGGGAGGGGCCAGGGUUGUGGGAUGUGGGUGUUUAAAUACACAUAUGUAAAUCAUGUACAUAUAUAAUGUCAUUCAAUGUCUCAUGGUAAAACACGCGAGAUCUUGUCCAGUCUUGCGAGAAAUAUCGGUAGGAUCGCAAGCGCUUCUCCUUGAUUGAUGAACAACAUUGUGAUUCACUGAAGUACACUUUGUAUGGAUGGAUGAAAUGUUGCAGAUGUAGUCCUCUAAAUCUGCAGUUAUCAUUAAUAAUGUGCCUGAAUGCUAUCAGGGGGGAUUCACCCUGAAGAUACUCAUGGUCCCUGGGAGUCACUACUUCCAAAAGUGUAAAAGUGCAUUAAACAUGAAUCCCAGAGUGAGACAUUAAAAAAACAACAAAAAUUGAAGAUCAGGACUGUAGUUAUGCAGAGAAGAAGAGUAGAGCAAAACACAGGGUGUCUGUGGGGUCUCAAAGGCUAUUAAAACAAAUUUAAUAAACGUAUUAAAUUACGGCCAUUAAAAAGUAUAACAAUGUCUUUAACACCAUGUUGCUUGGUAUAUUUUUCCUUUAUCCAAUGUGAGUAAAAAAAUGUCAAAGUUUGAAAAUUGAACAGUUGAAUUCAUAGAUUCAUUGUUUUUAUUUAUUUAUUUGAGAGUGUUGAGUCAUCAUAGAUCCAAAUGAUAUGCUCAUAAGUUUGACAUCAUCAAAGACGAUUGAUCAUUUUCAUGGCACCAUCGUUUGGAUUAUACAGUGGGAUUGAUACUAAGGAAGAGAAACUAACCCUUUUUAAACAUAGAGACAAAAACACAAUGAGAAACCAAUAUUGACUGUGUUUUGUAGGUAUUUUCUGAAAAUUAAGACUUAGUAGUUUUACAGUCUGGUAAAAAUCUCUGGUAUGAGACUAAUAAAUGUAAUUGUACUAUGCAGAUCACUCAAUCAAUCAAUCAAUACAUUACAUAAUGCCAAUGUGAAGAUAGGAUUGAGCCCCACACCAGUAAAAUAAAGUAUGUAGAUCAAGGGCUCUAUUUUCGUGUCCGACGGUGAGGCGGUGGAGGGUGGUGGACCCUGCGCAGUGGUAUUUUCGUCUGGCAGAGCCCAGCGUACAGCCAGUUUGGUAUUUUCGUGGACUGAGGCGCACCGAGGUCCGCCAAGCUGGGCAUGGUGGCGAGGCAGAGGGAGGUGUCAACAGAAUCAGCUGGCGAAGUGAAAUUUUUGUGCUUGCCAGUGGUGUAUAAACUGCGCUGAAAGCUCGCCGAUUCAAACCUGGUCAGCUUUCAGCGCAGGCAGAGCACAGCUGGUCUAAUGGUAUUUUGGUUGACUGGCGAUAUAUCGGCAUACGUCACUGAUGCCUCACUGGCAGGUUUCCACAGUGUCAGGCACAUUUCAGCGCAAUAAAUAAUCAACAACAACUAAUAAUCUGAUUCAGCACAUACAUUUAGAUCUAAAUAGCUACAUUCUGAUCUAAAUCUGAUCUGAUGAGCGCAUUGGCGGGUUCGGACACACAACCUGACCGAAUCAACACAGCUGAAAUCACAUUAAAUUAAAUUAAAUUAAAUAUCUAGUAAAUAGACACACAUAAUGAAAUUAACAAGAUAUGUAAUUCGUCUCCCUCCCUUUCUUUCUUCCUCUUCCUUUUAUUUCUCGCGCAGCUCGACCUGGACAUUUUUCAAAUUUAUGUUGUGCUCUGUGCGCACAACCCACCUUUGUCACGAAUAUAUGCAACUUUGUGUGAGUGUCUUUACUUGUGGAAAAGGGUGUUUGUCUUACCAGUGGGUCAAAACUUACACACACCAAAUCCAUCUGUGCUCAUAUGAGAGAUUGUGGAGGAUGCCCUCUGCACGGCGGACCUGACUUACGCCGCGCCUGCGGCACGUCUCUGGCGAGGCAUGAAAAUAGAGCCCAAAGUGUUUAAAAAAGGCUUUAAAAGGUUUCUCUCUUCAGGAUUUCUUUUUCUACCUUUAGUAUUGGAUUUUUUAACACUAGAUGAACCCUCUGAUUAGGAAGGAGUUGGAGGAAACUUCAACAACAGAUUUUUUUUUUUCUCUUUUUUUACACUGUUUCAUUGUAACUGAUGAGAUGGGCAGAUCCGUCUGUCUUUUUGUAAUGCUUUGUCCGCAGUGUGAACAGUCCUUCACCUUUUUUAGUCUACAGUACACCCUGAUGUCAAACAAGAUCAGCAGCUCCGGUUGGGGUUUUUUAAUACAGUGCAGUCAUGAGGCAUAACAUGGAUGUGUUUGCCUGUUUUUUUCUAUUGUUAUCAGACUCAAGGUUGCUAUAAAAUCAUUACACCAACACCAAAAAGAUUAAGCCUCAAACAAUCAAACAAAAGUCUUGACCCCAUCGCCCAAGAUGCUUCUUUCGGCUCAGGAAACCUGUCUGUUGUGUUACUUAGACCAUUCCAGGAAAUGGGGGGUUGAGCCAGGAUUGGGCAAGGCAGGUUUAUGGGAAAUGAGAUUCAGCAGACAGUUUCCAAGAAAAAGGAAUAUAAUAUCAGGUCAUAAAUAGUAAAAUUCAUAGAGGGAUUUAAAGUCGUUUUGUGACUGCAGGAUGAGGUUGGUGUAGGGUUUGGAGCUGUGAACCUGUUGAAACAGGGGGACUUUUUGAAGUGUGUUAGUGAGAGCUGUAGCUACAAGUGUUCUAGUGAUUUUUCAAAGUGUGGAUCAACAUGGAAAAGUGAAGAAAUUUGAGAUAACAGAAAGAAAGAAAGUGCAAGUAUAACAGAAGGAAAGAACAAUGUGGUAAAAGGUGUCAUCGAUACUUUUUACUCUGAUUCAUAAUAAAUCAUUAACAUAUUCAAGGAGGAGAAAAAAAUGACAUGAAGCAGCCCUAAUUCCAACAAGAUGAACACCAUAACUCCCUAAUUUUGAUAAAUUUUCAUAGAAAUGUACUCUUAGCAAAGGUGUGCGUGUCAUUUUAGGUUAAUCACUGUUCUAAAAGUAUGGACACACAACUGUGUCAUGCAGUGUCUAAGUGUGGGUGGACGAUUUCAACUGUGAAAUAUCAGCUUCAAAAUGAUGUAACUGUAAAGGAAUUCAUUUUACGAGUAUGUGUGUUUUCUCAAAAUAAAAAGUUCAGGAGGUCAGGAGUGUCCUAGUGUCUUAUCUGCCUCCUCAUGUCUCAUCACCUCUGGUGUUUAUAGAUAAUCUUGUGUUUUUGAUUUUUUUAUAGUUUGAUGAAUGAAGUAUUCUGGUUGAAAACCUUUGUUGAUUACAUAGUUUAUUUGUUGAGAACAAAAAACUUAAAAAUUAUCAAUGGAAACCAAAGUCUUUUCUCAAAAUCAAAGUGUAGAAAUAAGAUCACAGGCUGAUCCAACUUGUGAGGGGAAUUACGGCUCUUUUUAGUGAGCCAGAUCACUUAGCUCAGCUCGAGCCGGCUCUUUCGGCUCCCAAAAGGCUCUUCAUCUUACCACUUAUACAUUUUCUAAUUUAGCCAAAUUUAGCAUUGUUUGGCUUAUGAUAUGUACAUAUGUGUACACAUACCUCUCAAAUAAUUCAAUACAUUCUUUUUAUUGAAGUAUUCACAAGUAAAAAUGAUAUUUUGUAAUAUGAGUAAAUUGCCGUAGCCAAAUAUUUUCAUUGCAUUUACAGACCCUUGUAACUAUCUGAAACCACCCAAUGAAUGCACUGUCUUGCUUGUAGAACCACCCUGCUAAACAAUGCAGAUAGAAACAUCUUUAAAAACUUGAGAUUUUCAGACUGACAAAUCACUAGAUUCAACUGUGAUCUUAUUCCUCCCAUCAUGGUGUGCCAGAGGUGCUGGAUUGGAUUCAGGUCUGUGCAGCCCUCCAAGGAUAUGCCUCCCUAGACCUUCACUGACCCAUCAUUAAACUGGUCAUAUAUGCAUAUAAGACUGUGAAUAUUGUAUUUGACAAUGAAAUACACUUCUUGAGUUUUUUCUCAUUUUUAUUCAUGAAAAUUUAGAUGUCCCAGUGCUUCCCUGUACAGAUGAAGUAUGUGAGCAAGUUAUUAGACAAUAGUAAAAAGAGGUACAGUAAUGAUGAUGAUUUCAGCCUUGCUGUUGUAAAUAUCUGAUUGAAGCUGUUAAAUUUGUUUUACUGUUUGUGCUGAAGUUAUAUUUACAUUUUUUCACAUAUGAAGCAGACAGUAGCAUUAGCAGAAAAAGGAAAUGACAAACUUUGGUUCACCAAAUAUGUUUAACUGUAGCGUUUGGAGUGUCUGUUUGAUGGCAGGACAACAUCAGCAUAUCUCCAAGUUUAAACAAUUUUUCAACAUGUAAAAAGGUUAAAAUCAUUCAAUAUAAAAUCCUUGAAUUUUUUUUAAGUGUAGGCUGAAACCAAAGAAGCAUGGACUAGCAGUCAUUUCAUUGAUGAUAGUUUUAUAGGACACAACAAGGCUUUGACUCAGGUCAGUUAACUGAAAAAUCCCUCUGAAGGUUUGUGAAGUUUUUUUUAUGAAGGUUCUCAGUUGUCCUGAUGGAACAAGCUGAAAAAGCCAACUGGCUUCUUGUCACUGCCUGUUAAUGUAUCUGCGCCUGGGCAGAAGGAUGGAGGGUUGAGCAGGCUGGGGUCUGUGAUCCCGAUGACGUUGUUGAAGUAGCUGGAGGACAGAAAAACAUGACCAGAUUUAUGAAUCAAAGAAUCAGUAGUCAACAUUUAGCUUGUGACCUAACAGCCCAUCAGCACUCAGGUCCCAGUGUCUCUUUGUACCACGAUGCAGGACAUGCCCAAACUUUCUGACUUGGGUGGCACAACUGUGGGUAGCUGGCAUGUGUGUGCAUAAUUUUAGUAUGAAAACAGAUACAGUAUAAUAAGUAAAUGUACGUUAGCCUAUCAGGUGUUGAAGUAUAUUUAUUAAGAUUUAGUAAUGAGACGAGGUAAGAUAAUCCUUUGUAUUACCACUUCAUGGAAAUAAGGGUUGCAACUCCAGCAAAGUAAAAGUGAUUUGAAUACUUUGAUGAUCUUAAAGGAAGGAUUCAGAGCACACAAUGCUUUUAGGUAGUUUUAAUAGCAAGAAGAGUAACAUUUUGAUACAACAGUUACCUUCUACAGGGUUGACUCUAAAGGAGGCACCUGUUGUCCUAAAAUGCUAAUAAAACUGCUUAAAUGCACCGUGUACUCUGGAUCAGAAAGCCCCACCGCUAUGUUUUGUUUUGGCAUCUAUACAUUUAUUUGAUAUGCAGCCCAAAUUACUCCACAGUAAUAGAGAGUAAUGGAGAGAGAGCGAGUGUGUGUGUGUGUGUGUGUGUGUAUAUACAUUUAUAAUCCCACCCCACGUCUUUAGUCUCUUCAAGCCUCAUUUCCCUUUGGACACUUGUGUUGUGAGCUUGUAGGUCUGCUAAUUUUUUCCAGGGUGGUAAAAAUAUCCACAAUCAAUAAGCACAAUAUGGUUAAAUACAAGAGUACACUAAAAUCAGCACUCUUUUUAGCCUUAGUUUGCUCCGUCAGACAAAAAGAUUUGUGUGUUCUGUCACUGUAUUCUAUCAUCCAAAAAAAGGACAAGAAAUAAUUGUUAGUCUCAUUAUUCAUCUCUGAAGUUCAACAACAAAGCAUUGUCUCCCGAAAUCAGCAUGCCUUCUUUAGGAACAGUGCAUUAAGUGCAUCGAACCGAUUUGAACCGAAUUAUUGAAGGCAAGCAUUGCAUGACAAAAAUGGCAAAUUCUUCCUCAGCAUGCAUGUGUGUAGAUAGUUUGAACUGCCGGCACCGAAGUUGAUUUGCCUGCAUCACCAGGCCUGUGGAGCAAAGAGGGCGGGGUUUGCCUAGAACUGAUGUGGGAUUCCAAAUAACGCCUCUGUGACACACGGAUCCUGCAUAGUGUUCGUGUAAAGCUAAAGCUAAAGUGUGACUGCCUCCUUUUACUUUGAUGAUCUACUACUGCAACUAGUUUUAAAGAUGUUAAGGUUAUGAGUUUUGCACUAUCAGGAGCGUGGCUGACUUGACUGACAUGCAGGCACAUAUAGCUGUUAGCAAGAAUGCUAACUCUGUCUUUGCCCCAUGCUAAGUUGUCUUAAAGUUGGGUUGAGUCAGUGUUGUUAAUGAAAAUAAAGAAGUGAAAUACAGAAAUGACCUUUGAUGAAGUAUACUGACCUCAGUACCGCCCAGCCAUACUCUUUGGCCUGGUAUGCAAGGCUGACAGGAAUGCAUCCAAAUUCAGUCACAGUGCUCAUGUACUUUCCUGUAGAGUCAGAGACAACAAAUAAUAACACUCAAUCACAGAGGAACACAUUUAUUGGACAGUUAAAGCCAUAACAAGCUUUCUGACCUUCUUUGUUGGGCAGAUCUCCGAUCCAAGUGUUGACCAGGAGGCCUUGUCCGGGUCCCGAUGAGCUUCCGACGAUUGCCUGACCCAGCAGAUUAGCUUCAUCUGGGAUGGCGAAAGGUACGAAGUCGCCCUCCAGAGGGCUUAUUAUGCAGGUCUUGUUUUUGUGAAAGAUCUGAUAGAUGACGUGCUGAUGGAUGGAAGUAGUAAGGUGAAGACAACAAUUAAUGACAGCUCAUUUUGAUAUAUUGCAGUUUUUUUAACACUAAACUUUAACAUGUAUGUACAUAAUAAUGGUUUUCUGCAGCUUGUUAGAACCAAUCUCCCUAGCACUGAUUACUUUUUUCUUUUAUCUUUCAUCAAUUCUUGUUUUCCUUUCUGUGGUCUUCUUUAAAUGUUGUCAAAGUUACUAACAUUUUUUUUUUUUCUCAAUUUGUGAUGCCACCAAUUGGUGAAAUAUCUAUGCUCUUUUUGGUCCCUUAUCAAACACUCUGUGUCAGAUUUGAGGCCUCAAAAAAAUAAGGAUGUAUUUUGUAAUUUUUUAUUUUAAAUAUAUAAACCCUGAAUAAGAAAGACUUUGUAGACUGGCAACAGUGAAGAAUGUUUCUAGAGUGCUGGGAUGGGCUGCAGUUAAGAGAUUUAGACAGAGGUUGAAAUGAGGGUUGUAAAAGUUGCCAGGUUGAAAUAGAUAAAGGGUUUCCCAAGCUUUAAAACCUGCUAAGCUAGCAUUAAGCUAUCAGAAGGACAAUAAAAGUCCAACAGUAAGUAUCAUAUCUCCUCUUUAAGCGUUUUGAAAUAAAUCAACGAAUAAAAGAAAUUUAAUUUAAAAUUCUCCCAUCAAAUAAUGAUAAAUUCUUCUAUAAUUAUUUCACCUUCUAUAUUUUUUUUAAUAAAAUUGUUUAAUGUUGCUUUAGUCACCUGAUUGUAUAGCAGUAGGAUGUCAUAAGUAAAAGUCUUGUUGUUCAUUGUGCCAAACUCAAACAGCCUAAUCCGUUGGCCAAGAGCAUCGUACAAGUAUUUGGCGUAGAGCCACAGCUUCUCGUUCUGUGUGGACUGAAGAGAGAAGAACAAGUUGACUUUAAAUCUCCCUUUUUCACAUGCUCUCAGUGGACUUUGUUAUUGUGCUCAGAAAAGAUGCAGAGAAACUAGAAACACUCACCAUAGUCAGUGCCCCGGUCAUCAGAGGAGGACUUUCUGUGAUUUGGAAGAAGAUAUGACGUUAAAUCACGGCAUUUGACAAGUGACGCAGAAAAGAUGCAGCAAAUACACCUGAUGACUGAGUGUAUAAGCAAAGGAAAACAUAGACAACACAAGUGCUCCUGCAAUGAGAAACCAAACAGUUUCACAACCAUGAAAAUCAAAAUAUUUUCACCUUUCUGUUUCUGAUUACUUACUGCAUGGAUGAGGCUUCUGAGCCAAGCAGGCGGCCAGUAAGCAGGCUAACGCUACGACAACUCUCAUGUUUGCUGUUUCCAGGCUGCUGUUCUCAGGCAGUAAUUAACACUCUGCUGCUGCGGGGUGGAAUCACUUCCUAAUAUACCCCCCCUUUGCUACAGGGAGUAAGUCCUACUUCCUGAUUUUGUGUUUAACCCUGUUGAGUGUCAUAAAGUCAGCGCUCUGUUAUCUGUAUCUAAGAUACAAGAUCAGUUUCACCCCUGAGAAAUCGAACUUUCUUCUUAGUGUUCACCAAAUCUAGGUCAGAGUUUCUCUCCUCAUAAAGCUUAAACAGAGUUGUGUAAUUAUUAGAGCACGGUGGGUCAAGGGUGAAGAAUGCUGUUUGUGUUCAAGGAAGAUGGAGGCAGAUAAACCCCGAAGUGGAUUAAGACGGAUUAGGACAGGACUCACUCAGGUGCAUACUUUCCCCAUUCAACGUAGCAGAAUAACCCUAUUGCUGACUUAAGGGCUAUGUUGGUUAUCAUAGUGUCCUCAUAUACAGUGUCAAUGAUGGAAACAGACAACAGUAAAUCCAGCCCAUAGAGACUACUGGUUACAGUGUGAGCGAUAAUGCAUGGUUACUAUUUUCAGGAACAGCAUAUUAAUGGUAGACCCACCUUAGAGGACUAUUACAUUAAUUUUGAAGAGAGUUACAUGUUACUAGUAAGUGUACUAGCCUAGUCAGUUCUGCCCCUUUCUUGAGAAACUGCUGGAACUAGACAGGCUACAGCUUUCUAUAGAUGGGGUCCAGACUGUGAUAAAAUUCAGCUUAUUCUGAGAGCCCCUGACCCAAGCAGUUAAGGCAAUUCUCCAUUGAGAAAUGUUUCAGGACUAAUUUGCCAUCAGAGAGUCCAUUUUCUUUUGCCAUAUUCAUGGACACAACACGUAUGUGGGUCAAAUCGUUGAUAAAAAGCAGUGGACGGGGGUGUGGGAAGCUGAUUUUAAAGGGAGAUGUACAGUGUACAGGAAUCAGUUCGGCCAAAGGAUGUCAGUCAUGUCUGCAGCACCUCCUGCAGGCCUGAAGAUCACGGCCACACAGUUUUGGUUUAUGCCUUGUCUGUUUUCUUCAGAUUGUUUUAAUCUGUCUGCAGUAUUAAGAUGUUGAAAACCUCAAUUCUUUGCAGCCAGUCCACCCUCCUCUUCAGAGCAGAUGAUGAGGUGUGGUGAUGAUUUCCCAAAGGAAGUUUUUCAGUGCUCCUCAGUCCAUAUGAAAUGGUCUCAGGCCCAGAGAAGAAGUUCCCAGAGUUUUUGCAUCAUGUUUAUAUUUAGUUCCCUCUUUGUGUGGUACAGUUUCGCAGUCAUUUGUAAAUGAACUGUGCUCACAGUUGGUGGUUUAUGGAGGUGAUUUUUAGGUUAUGCAGUGAAUUCUACUGCAGAGUUUGACGAUUAUGGCCAAACUGUAUUAGUUUCCUGCCUUGUCCCUGAUGCACAUGGACAUCCUUAGAUUCUCUGGAUAUUCUGGUGAUGUUACACUCUGUUGAUAAUAAAAUCUCUAAAUAUUUUGAGCAUUUAUUUAGGUAUUUCUGAAGAAUUUGUUUACAGAGUCUCUCAUAGAGUGGUGUACCUCUCCCAUUUUGACUCCUGACCUACUCAACCUCUCCUAAAUGCCCUCUUUAUGCCUCUUUACUUAUUAGAGUUGUUUCCUCCAUGUGAUUUUUCUUUAGCAUGACACAACUUUGAUGAUAAAAGGAUAAAUAAAUAUUCAACAUGGUUUGAUUAAUGAUGAUGGAAGAAACAGAAAUGUUGAUGAGCUGCUAAUGCCGCUAUUUGUAAGGCUCCAUCUAGAAACACAUCAAGUCAGAUAUUUGAUCUUUAUUACACCACAGUAGAAGACCCUGAUGGCCCCAGUAGUGUUGUUUUCAAUAACUGGAAUCUCAAUAUGACAGUGUAAUGAAUUCUCAUUAUGAUUAAUGUAGGAAUGGAGUUGUUAAAAACUUGGUAGGACUUUGAUUCACUGGCUUCAGUUUAAUUUGUUAAAAAAAAAAAAACUCAGAGCAGGUUGGACACAUUAGCCCCUGAAUGCCAUUAAAGAAACAAGUUGAAGAAGCCAACUGGCUCCUCGUCAGUCAUCGUGUCUUCAUCUGGGCAGUAGGAUGGAGGAUUGAGCAGAUUGGGGUCCGUUAUCCCGAUGACGUUGUCAAAGUAGCUGGUAAAGAGAGAGACAAAGAUUGAAUUUUAGGGCCUAAAAGUCAAACCUGUGUGGAGGCUGUUUCAAAGAAGUGGACGUAAUUACCGGUAACAGAAUGUAACGCUAAUGCUCUUUGUUUAGGUUAAUAAUGGUCUUAUUAAAAGUGACGCCAACUUUAAAGACGGUUAUAAAGUUGAUUGACAGUACCUGUUAACAAUUACAGAAACCUGACAAUACAUAUCCACCUUCCUGUCUAAAUUAAGCAGAAAUUCCCAAAACUCAUGGGUAAUGUUACAAAGGCUGUGUCCACUUUUUUGUACUAUUGAAAGGAGAUUUUUGUAAAUAAAAGAAGUUACUAUGUCCACAGCCAUCCAUACUGCUUGGUCUGGUACGAAAAGGUGAUGGGAAUGCAUCCAAAUUCAGUAACCGUGGUCAGGAACUUUUCUGUAGAGUUGAAGAUCACAUGAAAUAAUUAUUAUAGGAUGAAUAAUAAGUCUCUAAGUCAUCUCUAAUGAUUACCUGCUCCUUUACCUGCUUUGCUUGGCAUAUUCCCCGUCCACGUGUUGACCAGUAGUCCGUCUCCGGGUUUGGAUGAGUCACCCAAGACAUUCUGGGCCACAAAAGUUGCACCAUCUGGGACCCCGAAGGGCAUGAAUUCUGCCUUUAGAGGGAUUUUCUUGCAGGUACGGUCAUUGUCAUUGAUCUCGUAAAUGACUCGCUGUUGGGUUUAAAUUGUGGGUUUAGUUUGGGGUGUUUUCGGGGUUAUCACAAGAACAAAAACUGGGCCAUGUGUCCAGCUUUGAUGCCACCAAGGCCGAGGACUACCCUCAUCAUUCUUAAUUAAUCAUAAUUAUGGUCAUGUGAUUGAUGCUUUCACCUGUUUAUAGUGCAGAAGAAUAUCAAGGCUGGCAGUCUGGUUGUCCAAGGUGACAAGUUCUUGGAGCCGAAUCCUCUCUCCUAGCGCAUCAUACAGGUAUUUGCCCAUGAUGAAGAGUUUUUCAUUCUGCGAGGUCUACAGGAACGGGCUUAGGUCAAAUCUCUUUUUUUUCUAACAUAUUAUUAUUGGGCAUUAGAAAAAAAUUGAAAACAAUAAACUCUUACAGUGGUGACUGCCCCGGUCAGCAGAGGAGGACUCUCUGGGAUUUGGAAGAAGAUGCUUUAAAUUACAACUCAGCGUUUACCAAAGAAAAAUAGCGUUAAAUGCACCUGAUCACUGCGACAGAAACCAUUGCUUAGUCAGAUGUUUGUUCGAUUAGAAAACAUGCAAGUACAAAAGACAAAAAUUCAAAUCAUGCUCCUCUGUUAUCUUCUAUGUAAAUAUAUACUUACUGCAUGGGUGAGGCUUCUGGGCCAGGCAGCCUGCCAGCAGGCACGCAAAAACCACAAAGAGAUUCAUGAUUUUUGUUUUUGAGGGGUGACAGACUUUCUGCUGUGAAGUGGAAUCACUGUCCUAUAAAGGCAGUCAGCUCUGCCUUCUGGUUUUAUGUCUAAUCCUGUGGGCAUCAUAAAAGUCAAUGUCCAGUUGUCAGGACAAGAUUUAAGGUGGACUAGUUUAGUCUCUUUAAGAGUAGUGAAUUCUUUUCUUCACACUGCAGGGUCAAAGUUUCAUAGUGUUGAACACACUCACAAAGGCUGGUGUAUUUGUGUACAAUGAAAGAAAAAUGUUUGUUCUCAGUAAACUCAGGGGUGUUUGAUGCAGAAAGCAGAGGAGCUCACAUGGUGUCAUGUUUCAGUGGAUGACAUCACAGUCAUAUGAUGUGCAGGUGAAUGACACUGCACUAAUAGCACCUGACUCUCACUUAGACUCUGUACACCUCUGCCUUCACUUCACUUCGCUUUUGUAAUAGCCUAUGAUUCAUUUUGACUCUCAAUGUUUUGAUAUUAUUGAUUCCAGUGCAAACACACUCCUUUUAUUUUAAUCACUCAGCUAAUCAGUAGUUCUCUAACCCAAAUAGGUGAUGGCGUCCAUGCUCAGUCACAUGAUGAGCAUCAUGUGAGUAGGUAAAAGGAGAAAAAGUCAGGUGAUUUUUUUCCCCCCAGCCUUGAUAACAAACUUUGGUGUUUUAUUUGCACAACUCUCCUUUAAACUUCAGUUUUCAGAGCCUGAUCCCAGUUGAAUUAUAUGAAUUCUCCUUCAGUCUUGGAUCUGUAUUUUGUUUUUUUAUUCUUUUAUCUUUAGUUUUUUGCAUUUUAUUCAACUUUUAUUGUUCCUCAUUAAGAUCUUGUGGUAGACUCUCAGCAGUUUUUCACUUCAUGUUUUAUUGACACUGUUAUUUAUGAUAUGUGCUUUGUCAUGUAUUUUGAUGGUGACAGGGGUCAUUGGAUAUUUCUGUUAUUCUUUAUUAUAUUGUGUGAGCCUAUUAUUUUACUUCUAUUUGUGUUUAUAUACAGCAAUUUAGUUACACUAGUAAUCCAUGAAAAUUGCUUUACAAAGACAUUUCCUCAGUUGAUCGAUUUAAAUAAAAACGAUUGUUACUUAAUAAAUAUUCACCACAUCAGACUAUCAGGGGUUCAAAAGAUGUUCAAAUGGACAUAAAAGUCACCUGCAAAAUCAAAUCAGUUUAAAAUAAGCAAGAGGGAAGAGCUGAAGGUUCGAGCAUGGGGUGAGAUAUCCCAUGAAAUGUUUUGAAGACGUGCAGAUACGGAAACUCAACAUGUCAAAGUGAUACAGGAAAAGGACUGCUAAGUUAGUCACAUAUGAGAUGUAAGUGUGUCAAUAGGUUGGGGUCAUUUGGGAAAAUGAGUAAGUAAACGAGUGGACACAGCUGUCAGUUGUUAAAGAUUGGUGUAAAAAUAUUAGGGUAGGUUUAACUAUGUCACCAAAGUGCAGUCGAAGUGUUGAAGACAGAGAGCCAGAUUAAAUUAAGAAAUAGCUGAGGCAUGUAAGGGUCAAAAGGAUGAGGGGUCUGCAUGAGCAAUGGUGGUCACCAGGGCAGAAUCAUUAGGCAUCUAGAUAUUCAUUAGUUGCGGUAACAACUAAUGAAUAUGGUAACAACCUACACCAUGUUACCAUCCUAUCUAUCAAUCCUAAGGAUACUAUUCACAUCCACAAAUCUGGUCUGUUAAAAGUUUGGACCUUUGGACCUAUGUUUUUACUUCCCCAUAGCUGAAGGAGGCACUCAAGAAAAAAGGGACAAGGAAAUUACUUAUUUAAUAGAUCCGUGAAAACCAGGCUAAGUAGGGUCUGCUCUGGACUGCCCUCAUGCGCCUGAGGAUGACCUUCAAACCUCACCUUAUACGCCCUCCAUCAGGUGAUUCAUGUGAAGAUAAAUCCUGUCAAACAUCAAUCCAGCCACAGAGUGAGAAGACAGAGGUUUAAUUCUCAUUAUCUCAUCAUUAGGCAGUGACAAGUUCAUUCAGGGCUUUCUUUUGUUGUGUCGGGGUGUGUGAGUCUGCAGAGGCACCAUAAAAGCCAGUCUUCAUGAUUUCCUCACCACUAUAGUCUGAGACGGUUGUUGGUCUGUGUUUCUCUCUUAAAUCAUCUGUUUUGUUUUUUUUUUCUUGGGUUCAGGAGGGUUUUCUUGGUCUCUCUGAGCUUCUCUGCUGCAGUGGUUCAGUUUCCCCUUUAUAAACAAUUACAUUGGGACUAAAGAGCUGUACAUAAUCUGGCCUGAUUAGGGUGACAGUUUGUUUGACAGGGGGAUUUAAGGUCACCACAGCUCUUAAACUAUCUCUACAUUGAUGGGAAGUCCAGUGAAGUCAGCAUCUCCAGUCUUGCCUUUGUUCAGACCAUGACUUCUUUCACAGUGAUUUCUGCCUCCUCUGCAGUAAUUUAAACCUCUAACAAACCACACUUUUAAUAUUCAGUGGUAUGGAAUAUCAUGUGAUGAUCACUUUGGUCAGGAUAGAUAUUGGUCAAAUGGUUGUUCCUCAUUCUUUACACUUUCAUUAACUCUAACAGAUAUUUUAGUCCAAGAAAAUUCUUUUUGAUUUUCUACUCAGAGUAUAUCUUAAUCUUUGUUUCUAUUAAGAAAAAUAAUCAUGAAAGGGAUAAUUUAGGAAUCAACUGCUGUGCUUCUUCAUUCGCCUUCCUCUGGACACUUGGCAUUGAAAAGUGCAUGUAAAGCAGACAUGUUUAAAUUUGAGCAUAUAACAGGUAUUUAAUUUAAUUAUUAAUAAUUAAAAAAAUCGCUUCGCUACCCUGAUACCAAAAAGAAGUAUGUUGACGUGUACUUCUGGUAUACUGUUUUUAAACUAAGUAUGCUUUCAGUUUAUUAUUAUGCACUUUUCAGAGAUAUAUUGAGCAAAGUUAAUGUUACGUAUACUUGAUUUGUACUGAGAAUUUUACUUGAAGCCUAAAUAUAUUUUACCUAUACUUAUACAAAAACUUUUAACCAAGUUAUACUCAAGUAUGUAUUUGUGCCUUAGGUUUAAUUAUACUUUGUCAGUGAAAACUUCCAUAUAUCUUUUUUUUUAAGAGUAUACUCAAAUAGUAUACUCUUACAAAAGAUAAGCAGUACAAGCCAAGUACUAUACUGUAAUAUAAAGUAUAGUACAUACAAAUACUGUAUGUACUACUAAUACAAUAAUAGCACACCAAAAGGUAAUUUUAAUUGUGCCUCAGAGUCAGCGCGCAGAUAGCCAAGUGGACUAAGGCACACCCCAUCUUAAGGACUGUGGUCCCCGCUGUAGUCAUAGGUUUGAUUCCUGCUCUGACCAUGUGCCCCCCCACACAUAUUGCCCAAUGGCCAACCCAUUUAAGGGUAUGCUUCAGAGUGUUCUUUUAUAAACUAAAAAGUGGACUAGAAGUUUAUGACUACAAACUAAUAGUAUACCAGGAAGUUAACUUUCAAGUAUGCUUCAAGUGUACUUUGAUAAACUAAAAUUGGGCCAAUUUAGUCCCAAGAAGUUUACUUGUAAGUACACUGGAAGAAUCUUUGUAUAAGUAUACUAAAAUGAACUUCAGCAUACUUCAUAAAAUGUACUUGAGGUAUACUUUUUCUUGGUAAGGGUAAUCAUUCCUGCAGGAGAACUGAAGUCAGGCAGCCUAUUUGUAUGCAAAGCAGAGAUAACUGAUCAUCAUGGAGUGAAAAAAAAAGUAAUUUGUUUGCAAACUGUAAAAGCUCACAGUUGUGAAGCCUCUUAAUCCCUUCAUAUUAUGCAUAUUCCAUUUAUUCUUGUGAGAGCAUUCAUAAUGCUGUGGACUGGAAAUGUUGUCUGUAGGAGUGAUGUUUAAAAAACAUGUCAGAGCUUUGAUGAAGCGGUUCAGUUUUAUUUAUUUAAAAACUUUCAUGAAGGAUGCUCUAAUUCUUUCCAAACAGCAGGCGGAGCAGGUCAGCCGGCUUCUCAUCAGUCAUUGUGCCAUCUUUGGGGCAGUAGGAUGGGGGGUUGAGCAGUUCAGGAUCUGUUAUCCCAAUGACGUUGUCAAAGUAGCUGGUGAACAGACAAAACAGUCAAACCUCUAUGAAGAAAGUCUUUCUCUGAUAUCAUACUAGCUGUGUCCAUAGUCUUAGUAAUAUUUAAGUUUCAACCUUGUUAAAACAUUACGUUAAUGUAUACUGACCUUGUCAACAGCCAUCCGUACUCUUUGGUCUGUUGUGAAAAGCUGAUCGGAACGCAUCCAAAUGCAGUCACUGUGAUCAUCAUCCUUUCUGCAGAGUCAGAGUUUAAGAAAAGUGAACAAAUUAGGAUUGAACAGUUAUUAGUUGAGACAUUUGUAAUGAUUAAAAGCUCUCUGACCUCCUGUGGGAAUCUUCCCCUUCCAGGAAUUGACCAGGAGUCCCUCCCCAGGUCUAGAUGAGUCACCCAAGACACUUUGGGCCAGCAAAGUUGCAUCUCCUGGGACACCCAAGGGCACAAAGUCCACCUUGAGAGGACUUUUCUUGCAGGUACGGUUAUGGUCGUGGAUCUCAUACAUGACUUGCUGUUGGAUUGAAGUCACAGGAUCAGUUCAAG